GGAAUAAGGAAAAAGAAUGCAAAAGAAGGGGGAUGGAGAGUGUCGACACUAUAAGGCUCAUUGUUAAGCAAAAAGUCAUAAGUGUUGUUCAUUCCUCUGCGUGUGCCCUCCAUUUUCCCCAAUUAUGUCGACACUCUUCUCUUCUCUAAUUCCCGUUCCCCCAUUCUUCAUUCUUCCUCUUCCUCUUCCCCUCUCUCUCUUUCUUCCUUUACCUCUCUAUAAACGCCCUUCCCCGCAUCCUCCACCGCCGCAUCGCCUGAGAUUCCCUUUCAGGCGAUUCCGCUCUCAUGUUCUUCUUUCAGGAUUUCUUCCAGAUGCUCUGUCUUCAGCGUCUCCGUGAUCAAACGCGUCUUCUCUCCCAGUCCCUUCUGCGGACCAUAUCCGAAUCAAUGGGGAACUCGUCCUGCGGCGUUUCCGAGUUGGAGCUCUGUCGAGAC